AUGGACACGGACACGGACACGGACACGGCCACGGACACGGACACGGACACGGACACGGACACGGACAUGGACACGGCCAUGGACACAGACACGGCCAUGGACACGGACAUGGCCAUGGACACGGACACGGCCACGGACACGGCCAUGGACACGGCCAUGGACACGGACACGGCCAUGGACACGGACAUGGCCAUGGACACGGCCAUGGACACGGCCAUGGACACGGACAUGGACACGGACAUGGCCAUGGACACGGACAUGGCCAUGGACACGGACACGGCCACGGACACGGCCAUGGACACGGACACGGACAUGGCCAUGGACACGGCCAUGGACACGGCUGCCGCCUGGCGCGACUUCGCCGAGUCCUUCGUGCGCGCCGGCAUGGUGCCGCCCGCCGAGGCGGAGCUCGCCGCCGUGGAGGGCGCCGAGGGCUGCGCCGUGCUGCUCCUGGCGCCGCAGCAGGCGCUCACGUUCAGCGGGAAGUGCCGCCUCACGUGCCUGUACGGCGCCGUGCGCGUGCUGGGCUUCGCCGUCGCGCCGCACCAGCCGGGCCAGCAGCUCUUCUCGCCGCUCACGCACUGCGCGCUCGCCCUGGAGGCGCUGCCGGUGCCGCCGCCGCCCGCCGCCGAGCUGCGCCGCCUGCGCUGCGGCCUGCGCGCCGCCAUGCGCCUGCGCGGCGUCGCCCGCCAGGCGCGGCUGAGGGUGAUGGCGCGGUUCUCGGCGCGCUGCGCCGUGGUGCUGCUCGAGCACCUGGACACGCCGGCCACGCGCUUCCUGCUGAGCCUGCCGCAGCACCUGCGGCUCUUCGAGGCGCAGAGGAGCCAGCAGCCCGGCUGCACGCCCGAGGACGCCGUGCUGGCCGCCGUCGGCAUCGUCAAGUGCAGCCCGGAGCGCGGCCUGCUGCUCUCCGAGAGCAUGGACCUGGCCCUGGAGGAGCUGGUGCAGGCGUGCACUGUGGAAGAUGAAGGUGCCCCCGUGAUCAUGGUGUGUGGUCCAAAAAACGUCGGGAAGUCAACGUUUAACAGAUACCUGAUUAACCUGCUACUGAACCACCUUCCCUGCGUUGAGUAUCUGGAAUGUGAUAUAGGUCAAACGGAAUUUACACCGCCUGGAUGCGUGUCUUUAACGAAUGUAACAGAGCCGUUUCUCGGCCCACCGUUCACUCAUCAGCGGCUGCCACAUAAGAUGGUUUAUUACGGGCAGACUAGUUGCGAGCAGGACUCUGAAAGGUACUUUGACGUGGUGAAGUACGUGUUCAGCUCGUACAAGAAGGAAGCGCCUUUGGUCAUCAACACCAUGGGCUGGGUGAAAGGUGAGGGCUUGCUGCUUCUGACCGACAUGAUCCGGCUGCUGUCGCCCAGCCACGUUGUUCAGAUGGACGUUAGUGACUGGAGAGCCAUGGCCCCGCUCACGCCGGAGUCCAUCCGUUUUGCCCCUGGCCUGUACACCAAAGGCCAGCAGCAGCCCAAGUGCAAGCAGAUGGACGCRAGCGGAGCGGAGGACUGGAAGACCUCGGAAGGGGAGAGAGACGCGGCGGCUCCYGACUAUAAGUUGCUGUAUAUCCACCCGGAAUUCCCUCGAGCGGGAGUUGCAGGUGAAGCGCGGGUACACAGCAGUAUCCUACGUGACCUGGCAAUACUGGGUUACCUUGGUCAGCUGCAGCCCGCGGGCCUGGGCUCAGUGCUCCCACUGCAUAGUCUUGUGCCCUAUCAGGUGCCUUUUAACGCUGUUGCCCUCGGGGUUAUUCACACUGACGUUGCUCCCACCAACAUCAUGUAUGCCGUGAACGCCAGCUGGGUGGGGCUGUGCAGGAUUCCGGACACCGUCCGAUCCCAGUCGGAUGGGCCCGUCCUGCUGACGCAGACGCCGCUCUGCGACUGCCUUGGCUUUGGAAUUGUCCGUGGAGUCGACAUGGAGAGGAAGCUCUAUUAUGUUCUGACCCCAGUUGCUCCGGAGAAGCUGAGGCUGGUGAACUGCAUGCUGCUUGGAAGCAUCGCUGUUCCGAACUGUGUUUUUGUGAGCCAGCACGGAAUUGAGGGAGAGAUACCUUAUGUCACGUCAGAAUAUAAUUACAGCAUCUUGGGAUCUGGGAAGCUGAAAAAGAAGCAUUUCAAGAGAAGAGAGCACACGUUCCCGUGUGACUUCACCUAGAGACUGUGGGAGGCUGAAUUCCAGGAUUUAUUUUGUAUGGAGUCUUGCAGGAGUUGGGUCUCUGCACCUGAGCCCAGAUACUGCAGAGCUCUGUGUGACCCUGAGCAGGUGUCCACUAUGGACAAUACAGCUUGUCCAUUUUUAUUACUGUUCUUUUAUAUUUGCAGUACGUGUUCUGCUGU